AUGACUGACUUUUCUACCGUCACUAAUGAAGACAUUCCUCUAGCUGAUGAUGACGACAGUGUUCCGAUAAACGGAACGCCACGACCGGCACAACCUCUUCCUCGAGAAGAACCUCCCGAAGAUCCUGAAGAGAAAGCGCGUCUCAUUUCUCAAGUUCUCGAAUUACAAAAUACUCUCGAUGGUGAGUGCUUUGCAUUAGUCUUAGUCUUUGAAUAUAGGAUUGGUGAAAGAUGCAGUGCUUUCCUCAUUUCAAGACUAUCAAGUCGUUCGGAAAGUAUCUAA